AUGUCGUACUACGACGACCGCCGCUAUGGCGAAGGCCAUGGUCGCGACUAUGGAUAUGCAGCAGAUUAUUAUGAUGAACACCCCGAUAAUCGGCGACGUGCCACACAACGUGAAUAUGGCUCACGUCAGGCACGCCGUCCAGCAGACCAAUUUCGACGUCGAGCAUCGUCAGUUGGUGGGGAAUCCUCCUAUUACCCAGAAAGUCGUUCCCAGCGGCGCUCGUCUCGCCCAUACGAGGGUCAUCAAAGCCCCGUAGAUUAUCAACAGCCCGACAGCGGUUCUUCUUCAUCCGAAUCCAGCCGCUCAUCCCGCCAUCAAAAUCGUCGCAAGUCCACAGGUGGGGCCUCUAGAGGCAGUGGCCAUCAAGACAGGUAUCGUAGCCGUGAUCAAGGCCGCGAGGACAGCGAGUCCGAUGAAGAACGGAAUGACAGUGACCGUAAUCAAGGCCAUAGUAGCUUCUUACGCGACAAAGGUGAACAGCUCUUAAUGCAUGCAGCUCUCCCACUUUUAGCCGCCGGGGCUGCAGAGGCCUUCCGAACGCGCAAGCAACCCGGAGAAUGGAGGGGAGACAAAGGGAAGCAGGUGAUGUCGGCAGCUUUCACCAAUGGAUUGGUGAAUAAGGAUCCAAGCAAGCCUCAACAUCACCAUAUCAUGGAUACUACACUUCCUGGCCUACAUGAAGGUGCCCCCAGCCGUGAAGAGAUAGCUGAGCUCCGGAGUCGAGCUGGUGGGAGCCGCAGGUCGAGCAAUCUUAAAAAGGCUGCUGCGGCAGGUGUGAUAGCAUUCGCGGGAAAGGAACUCUAUGAUCGAUAUGGCCGCUCGCGAUCUCAGGCACGGGGACAUGACUACAACGAUGACCGUCACAGGUCUAGGAAACGCAAUCAGAGUGUCUCAGAUGACCGGCGUCGUGGAGCACGUUCUCUAGACCGUGAAGAGCGUGAUUACGAGAGAAGACCUCGAGGUUGA